CGUUCCUAUGCAGUAUUGCUCAAUAACGAUGAUACAUUAAGUUGCAAUUUAACAAUUCAGUAUAAUGAUCUUAUGUAAUGUUUCUACAUAAUAAAUCAACGUAAUGAUUCAGUAAAGAAAAUGUUUUUUGAACGACUCUCUUCCGUCUGCUUGAUUUGAGCCUCGAGCCACUUGUUCGAGUCAAUUUGCCUAGUCGACCAUCGAGGAUUUGCCAAAGCCUAAAGUGAAUGGUCUCGCGAUACUUUACCGAGAGCAACGUCUCGGAAAUGAGGAAGGGAAAUAUGAGUCUGCUGUCGUCUUCUCCUUCUACCUCCAUCCGCUGCCUGACGGACGAGGAGACAGAUCGCAACAUGCUUCAAGAUCUGCAGCUGGCGGCGGAACUCGGUAAAACGCUUUUAGAACGAAAUAAGGAAUUAGAAAACCUGCUCAAAGCGCACGAAAGCACCAUAGAGGAACAGGCACAAGAAAUAGAAUAUACGAGAAAACAAACCGCAGCUUUAAGGGAAGUGAACGACUCUCGAAUGAAAAUUUAUGAACAGUUGGAAGUCAGCAUACAGAACUUAGAACGCGCGAAUCAUCGUCUCAUAAUUGAACACGCUAACGAUAGCAAACUUAUUAAAAGUAAACGCCUGACGAUCGAGAACUUGGAAGCUCGCAUCGACGACCUGCAGAAGAAGUUGGACGAAGUAACUAAUGAACGCGACGCCCUCGUUCAGCAAAAGAUCGCUGACGGAUCGACGAACACCAUACAAACUCAGACCCAAUUGUGGAAAGCACCGGUCACGCACAGUGGCAGCAUAAAACAGAGCGCUGCCCUAUCCGGCCAGAAGCCUUCCCCAGCCGUGUUAAUAAACGAGGAAGAGGUCACGGAACUGUUGAGGCAGUUGCGAGAAGCACAAAAUCAGAGAGCCAGGGAACAGAAGAAAGUUAGCGAGCUCGAACAACAAUUAGCUGCACUUCUGCAGGAGAGUAACGAUUUGGAAGAACAGCUGAAAGAUUGGCGCAACAAAGCCCAGGCCAUAAAAAAUCUUCAAGAGGAAAUAAAUACUUUGGAAGAAGUUAGGCAAGGACAAUUAUGUGCUAGGUGUUUGAGGGGAAUGGAGUCAAGAACUCACGAUGAUCUCUUUGUUAUGUUGAAUCAAGAGGAGUACGAUGAGAUCAAUAUUUCUAGAACCGAUACAAAUGAUAGUCCACCAGACAGCGAGUCGUUCUCUCAGGACUCUAGCUACAAGGACACAGUUGCGGAGGACCCGAACGGUCCUUAUACAGUGCUCGUGGAAAAGUAUGAAGCCUUGCUCCAAGUUCACAGGCAAUCGGCAGUCAAACGGAAGAACAGUACUCCGAGCACUUGCAUGUCGUUGCAGGACGAAUUAAAAAUGUCCUGUGAGUUAAAUAGCUUGAAGAUUUCGGAUCCUGCGCCGAAGACGCAGCAGCAGGACCAGACGAGCAAAAUUGAUACGGUGUGCAACAAAAAAUCGUUUUCCUCGACACCGACGGAGUUCUCCGAAGCAGAGACGCUCUCCUCCGGUUACAUGGACGAAACCACCAAUAGGGGGACUCAGACCGAGGACAGGGCAGGCUUUUUUCUCUGCUCGAUAGCCGACGGGGACGAUUGCAAGUUCAGCAUUUUUUAUAACGAAAACAGCCCAUUCGAGAGCCGGUUCGAAAGAACGCCAGCAGAACAUAGACAAAUUUUCAAAAAUAUACUAGACGUAGUGAAGCGAAACGCGGAGGGUAAGAACGAGGGCGAGAAACUCUCGCUGCCCAACGAUUCCCAUAAUCAGAACUCGACGACCUUAUCCUACCCGCAAUCAUCGACUCUCCAAGAGGACAUUGUCCUCGGCGAGACUACCGAUGAUAAUAAGAGCGUAGUGUCUUCCGUUUUAUCAUUGCCCCUGUCAGAACCAGUUCAGAGGUUGCAGAUGCCGGAGUCAUCGAACGGGGUCGACGAACGGAAAAUCGAAGACUCAAAAGAAGGACCAAAGAAUCAAGAGUACGAGGAUUAUUUAUUAAUGAAUGGGACGAAGAAGCCGGUGAAAAAGCAGAGGGGUAGGAAACAGAAAUCGACGAUAGUCGACGUGGUACCGACUGUUAAUCCAAACCAUAUCUCGCCUAAAUAUAGUGGAAAGAAGAAAUUCAGACUAUUCACAACCGCGAAUCAGAACGGAAGUAUGGUUAACGGAAGCUAUUCUUACACGAACAAAAACAGGUCGCCGAAUUCUGAUAAAAGACAGAAUAAUAACAGUUGCUCGCGUAACAGCAACGAACAGAAAGAGAACAACGCUAGCUUCGGUUAUAAGGUAUACAAACCGAGUACGGCCUCGCAGGAAGUGGCUCGAUUAAAACGUUUGGAGAUGUCUUACGCAGAAGUGCUGCAGAUGACAACUAAGUCGAAGAUAAGUCGUAGAAAUUGACAUGGAUAUAGGAAUAUAUAAUAUUCUUAUGCACGAUAUAUAAAUAUUUUUGGAGGAGAGAAGGGUUCUUUUUUAUACAACAAUUAGUGACAAGUGAGAUUAAUUUGUACGAUUAGGUAGAUUUCGAGAUACAUGCAUGGAGGUCGGGUUCUAUUUUCAAGAUAAAUGAAAUCUAGUAUUGGCCGUCGGAGGUUCCACCAAGUUGUGUAAAUACUUAACAGAUAUAAUUGCACACAGGUUUAGGUACUCAACUACUUGAUGUUUCUCCUUUUUUUAUCGUACAUUUUUUAUAUCGUUCGUGCGUCUCGACAUGUAUGCGUGUGUGCGUGAAUCACGAAUCAUUUUAUUGUAUCCAUUGUCGAAAUCUAGCGAAACUCUUACAGACAACGCGAUGUCUCAGCUGUUAUACGAGAGAAUUCGUGCCUCGCCCGUUUGUCAGAAAAUUGUAGUACUGAGAAAUAGAUUUAUUUGUGUGCCAUUCAUCAA